AUGGGAAGCCUACAGCCCGAAGAUGUUUUCGCACCCGUUCUUCACACUGAGCGUCUUGCUCUUACACUCUUUAACAUGAAUGAUGAAGACGAUCUUGAUUUCGUCGUCAUGAUGUUCAAUAUGGAUAUGCCUGGAGGGGGUCCUACAGACGGUAACUGGACCGGCAAAGAUAUUCGCCGUCUAACCUACUCCGUCAUGCUAAAACCAUCCGACUCCCACGGCCGCCUCUCCAAAGAUGCUGCCAUCUACCUUGCGCGCCUGGGAGAUGCCUCAGGACCGCGCAUCGGCAUCGUUAAUCUCUGUCGCCGCACACCAGAAGUUCCGAUUGAUAUAGGCUACAUGGUUUUGCCAGAGCACCGUAAAAGCGGCUACGGCACUGAGGGUGCAACAAGGGUCCUUCGCUAUAUUACGGAGGAGUUUGGCAUCAAGGAGAUAUGCCUUGUAACGAGUGAUUCGAAUGUCGCGUCGAAGAGGAUUGCCGAAAAGUUAAAAAUGGUGGAUGGCGGGCAUGUCAUGAUGAGCGGCAACAAGUGCGUCGUUUUUGUAUUGCCGGGUAUGAAGAAGAUGGAGGGACAAGACUUUCCGUUUUGGGGAGAUGGCGAGGAGUUCCCAGUGUGA